ACAACCAUCCGUUACAAAACCAGAUACCUACAAAAUAACAGUAUCCAGGUAAAAAAAAAUCACGAGUCACACAUACUCACACUUGUAUACAAGUUCAGCGCUCAGUACGUUCCGGUGGCUACUAUACUUUGGUUUAGAUUGGAUGACAACAGUUUGUAACCGUCAUGAAGUUCUUAUGGUCAACUUUGAUGUUAUCUGGAUUUUUGUCGGUACCGUGUCUUCGUGCGGCGUCACUGCACCGGAAAAGCGAAUUUGUACAAUUGGACGAGCCGCUUUUAGAUCGCAUUCAACAGACGACCGAAGAGAUAGUGAGGAAUUCGACGAUAGAAUUUGUCGAUCACGAAACCCAAACCAUGAUCGAUUUGUUUGUUAAUAAUUUGAAAAUCUUAGUCGAAGAUCUCAAACGCAACUCGAGUAUGGAGAACAUUACUGACGUCGGUGACGUUCGGAUGAAGGAGAUGCAGAAAAGAGGAUUGACUAUGUUCGAAAAUACAGUUAUCACCAUAGACUACAUUGUUUCUAAAAUAAACGUUUUAAACAAAUCCGUCGAAGAGCUGGAACAGUUCGACAAGUACAUCGUAGACGAGACAAAACGAUUGGAUGAAAGUUCUGGCGAAGUUUUAAAAAAAAAAUCGUCAAUGGUUUCGGACAAAAUCAAAAUGUCGAAAAGGUUCAUCGAGAAACACAUCGACCGCUUAAAAGAAGGCAACGUGGUCCUUAAGGGCAUCGGAAAAGACAUGAUGGCGGCGUUGAAAGUCCACGAUAUCUACGAUUUAUAUAGGUUGAUUUUACAAUGGAGUAAAAUGAAUUAGAAGGAACCAAUCGUCCGUCCUACUAACAAGCGAAAAUAUUAAUCUAGGUACAAAUUAUUUAUUUAUUACUAUGAACAACUAAUCAUUUCACUAUAUAAUUUUUAAAAAUCAAAGUGCUAAACAAAAAUUGCACAUUAAAUUGUACUUUUAAUAUUCAUAUUUUUUCAUCAUUAUACAUGUACGAAUGAUGGAUAAUAAAACAUUUAUUUUUGUCACUAUGAUAACAAGCUUUAUUUUUAAGGAUUUUGCAGUUACAGUUUAUGUAAUAUAAUGGCAUUGUGUUAUUUGAAAUAAAUAACGAUACUAUAGUGUAACC